AUGGCACAACAGACGGCGAAACCGAUAUUGCUGCAUUUUGGCCAAUUGUUUUUGUUGUGCAAGCUGCUUGGCCUCUAUCCGCAUAGCUUGGAGGCAUUCCGGCACACGCACGCAUUGCACAGCAGCAAAAUUGGCACUGCGGUCGUGAUUGCUACGAUGUUUGCGAUUAACAUCUUCUACAAUUUAUUGAUAUACUCGUUCUCAGAAGAGGAUCACGCAUUGAAAGCUUCGCAGAGCACACUGACUUUCGUAAUUGGCAUCUUUCUCACCUACAUCGGUCUGGUAAUGAUGAUGACCGAUCAAUGGUCGGCGAUACGCAAUCAAUCGAAAAUCGGUGAACUCUACGAACGCAUUCGCGGCGUUGAUGAACAGCUGCUGCGUGAGAAUAUAGCCGUAGACAAUUCAGCGAUCUCCAAACGGAUCCUCAUAAUGAUUGCGCUCACUGUUGUCUGCGAGCUCACUAUUUUAGUAUCGACUUACGUCACUCUGGUUGAUUACACCGAAUGGAAAUCACUACUCUGGUUCUUCUCUGGCUUUCCAACUUUCUACAACUCAUUGGACAAAAUUUGGUUCGCAAUAACUUUGAAUGCGUUGAGACAACGCUUUUACAGGAUCAACACUGCUCUGGAUGAAAUGGUGGCAUGGUAUGAGAUGAAAAAUGGCGGGAAAGACACGACCUCUUUAAAGACUUCCAUUACAAAUGAAGAUUUCGGACAGUCAAUGGAGUACCUGUACAAGGAGCUCACACAUAUGGAGGCGAUCAAACGGCUUAACUAUGGAAAGAAUAAAAUUUCACCGGUGGCACACUCCUUAAACUCAUUCGGCGAAGCUAUUGAAAUGCCCAAAAAGCAACAAAAGCUCAGCAGUCAACCACCUACAUUUAAUAUGAUUUACGAAACUGAAUUGAACAACGACAUCCAGAAGGUGGAGGAGAAAUUGAACAAUUUGUGUCAGCUGCACGACGAGAUUUGCGAAAUUGGUAAAAUGCUGAACGAGCUCUGGAGCUAUCCGAUAUUGGUGUUGAUGGCCUACGGGUUCCUCAUUUUCACGGCACAAUUGUAUUUCCUGUAUUGCGCCACGCAGCAUCAGGUCAUUCCAUCGCUAUUUCGUUCGGCCAAGAAUGCCAUCAUUACGACAAUCUACUUGAGUUACACCGCCGGAAAGUGCAUCUAUUUGAUUUACCUCAGCUGGAAGACGGCACUCGAAUCGAAGCGCACUGGCAUUUGUCUGCACAAGUGCGGCGUUGCGGCCGAUAAUAAUUUGCUCUACGAGAUUGUCAACCACUUAUCACUCAAAUUACUGAAUCACUCGGUUGAUUUCUCGGCUUGCGGUUUCUUCACGCUGGACAUGGAGACGCUCUACGGCGUAAGUGGCGGUAUCACGAGUUACCUCAUCAUUCUCAUACAAUUCAAUUUGGCGGCGCAACAAGCCAAGGACGCCGUACACAAUGAUGAUGAAACCACCAGUCUGUUGCCCACUACGGGCGAAGGCAAUACAACAACAAUUCUGGAUUUAUUUACGACCGCAUUUAUGCCCACCACACACUCGUCUAUCAACUAG